UCUCCGCCUUCCAGGCAACAAGCAACAAUAGCUACAAAGGGAUUUUCAUGAAAGGCUGAGAAUGCAUUGAUUUCACUUGCUCUGUGGGCAGCCAGAGCUGCUGAAAGAUUUUGCUUUUGCUUUCCUUGCUGCUGGCAUGUCCUCCAUUUGCUCUUUUUUCCGAAGGGGACAGGAGACAAGCUAAUGGCAGCCUUUCUUGUCCCUUUGGAUCAUGCUGGGAUGGUAAUUUCCUCACCCAACAUCACAUUUAUCUUGUGCAAAAGAGCAUUCUUCAGCAAGAAUUCUACAACUGAUAACAUUAUCCCAAGGUAAAGAGCAACUGGAAGUGAAAUCCCCAGGAGGGUCAAUACCAGGUGUUCCUUCUUUCUUUCUAGGAUAACCAUCGAUAGAUUUUUCUGCAGCCUUUUCAAAUAAGCAUGGCAGAGGGAGGAGCUUCAAGGCACUGGGAGGCCAAGAGACGAGAUGUCAAGAGGGCAGAGGCCAGGCUUACCCUGGGGCUGCGCAGCUUAGAAGAAGCCCGGCUCUACUAUCUGAACACCAUGACCAGGGAACAGCAGCGACUCCAGCAGGAACUCCUAAGGUUACAGAAAAGCUGCUCCAAGCAGAAAUUCUCAUUGGGCCCUGGACAUAUUCACUUUAAAGCAACAUUUCCUCUACCUCCUUCUCUGGUUGUGCAGAAUUCUGGUGACUUCCAUUAUACAGGAUUACGAUCUCAAAGAAAAACAUUGUCUAAGACUGGGGAAGUUGCAUGGACAAAGCAGUCUCCCACCCAUCCAUGGAAGCUCAGUGGAGAUGUCUCUGGUUGUGAAGGAAAGAGAAUGGGGCACUUGCCACCCUUGGAGGCCAAAGACCCAAAUGUUGCGGAUGACAGAGCUAUGAGCAGCCUUAAAGACUCCAUGGCUAAACAGCUAAAUAUUUCAGCAGAGUCUGUGGACCGGACUGAUAUCAUAGAAGAGCAAGGAAAAGACUCAAUGAAAGAAGAGCCAAGGGAUUCUCAAGCCAAAGAUACCAUGACCAUCACCAAAUCCAUAAAUCUCCCUGAGAAUCGAAGAUCUUCUCUUGAUCGUGAGAGGCUGAUCAUGGAUCCUGAGGCCUAUGCUGCUGAUGGACGCCUCAGGACUAUGUACAAUAGGCCUGAUUUCCUCAAGUCUUAUGGCGAAGUUAGGAAAGCCCGCUAUAUUCGGCACAAAGGUAUUCCAACCUGGGAAAAGGAGCUCAGCCUUCAAGAUAUAUUUGGGCACAAAAAACCCAUGGAGCAUUCCUCCCAGGAAAUGGUUGCUGCCAAAGCUAAGCCCUAAGCAGGCAGAAUGGACAGAUCUAGCAGAGUAAAGCGCCAAGAGGCCUCUGUUGAAAAGACAAGAUCAUUUAGCUACUUGCCAUAAGCAAACUAAAUGCAACCUGGUCUCAAGCAGGCAGCAAAAACAGGACUUUUAUUCAUCCUCUGGUGGGCUGCUGUGCACAAGGACAAGGUGGGGAAGAAGGGGUGGGAAUGUGGGAGGUAAAGGCUCAAAGGUUAAUUGGGAACAAACAAUUUGAGAUCAAUGAAAACUUAGUGACUUAGUUUUAUCAGAAGUAGUAAUCAAGUCACUCACGGCUUAAACCAUACUAAUAUGAAGGAGGUUUGUAAAAGGGACAUACAUGAUGAACAGACUGUGACAGUUCCUAUUCCAAUUUUUUUUCAUAGAAAAAUUCUAAGUACAUUUUGUGCAUUAGAUUUCAAUUGGUGCAUUAGAUUCCAAUACUGUACUAAAAAUUCAAAGAAAUCAAAAUAGGUAACACAGCAGGAUGUUUUUUAAAGCCGGGUCUUUCAGGUCUUGGUUAACAUAUUUUGACAUCAUUUGAGCUGAUAAACAUUUUAGUGUUUUGGUAUGUAAAUUCCCAACCCCCCAGCUUGCCUUUUAGUUUUUAAUGAGGGGGAGAAAAUAGAAUGAAUCUUCAAUUCAGUUUGGCUUCUGGCGUCUAUCUAGAUGAGUCCCUGCAAUUUUCUUGUCCCUGCAAUUUUCCUAGCAAGUUUUCAUAAGUGAUUUGCCUUCUUUCAGCAACAUUAUGCAAUACCUUUAUUAGGUCCAGCCAAAAUGGCACAAAAACAUGUGUACAUUUCCUUUAGGGCAAUCUAUUAGGCUAAAAUUGUUUCUAGAAAGUAAUUAAAAAAAAACCCAGGAAAGUCCAAACCUUAGGGCAUAUAUGGUGCCUAUGAGUUCUGUACUUUAAACUCAAUCUGAAUAUACAGUAUAAGAUGCAGAUUGCAGAUAUCAGAUUAAAGGCCUGACGCUGAAAUUUGCAGGUAUCAGAUUAAAUUUAACAUUCUAGGAUAAAUAAAUGAUGAGUUCCUCAUUUUUGUAAACAAUAUGGUAGUCUAUAAAUUUGUCUCUUUCUGUGACAAUUUGCUUUCUAGUUAUAGAUGAUUGACCGUCCAGUUCUUCAUAGCAGCCAAUGUGUUCUCAGAAUUCAAAACGUAUCUUAAAAACAUGUCUCAAAAAGAUUAAAGGCACUUAUUGCAUUGCUUCAUUAAA